GCCGCGGAGGAGGCGGCGCCAUCGCGAAGCCCGCGCCCCGCCCGCACGCUCACCCGGCUGCCUGCAGUCCGGGCCGGGGCUGGGCGGUGUCUGCGGAGGCUCCCUCGGCGUGGCCCAAUCGGCCGGAGCCGCGCUCUCAUCCCGCCGGCUACAGCGCGGAAAGGUGGAGGCGGCGGACCAGUAGGCCAGAGCUGGGCCAGCGAUCCGCCAUGGAGACCCGCUACAACCUGAAGAGUCCGGCUGUUAAACGUUUAAUGAAAGAAGCCGCAGAAUUGAAAGAUCCGACAGAUCAUUAUCAUGCACAGCCAUUAGAGGAUAACCUUUUUGAAUGGCACUUCACAGUUAGAGGGCCCCCAGAUUCUGAUUUUGAUGGAGGAGUUUAUCAUGGACGAAUAGUAUUGCCCCCCGAGUAUCCCAUGAAACCACCAAGCAUCAUUCUUUUAACGGCUAACGGACGAUUUGAAGUAGGCAAGAAAAUCUGCUUGAGCAUCUCAGGACAUCAUCCUGAAACUUGGCAGCCGUCAUGGAGUAUAAGAACAGCAUUAUUAGCCAUCAUUGGGUUUAUGCCAACAAAAGGAGAGGGAGCCAUAGGUUCUCUAGAUUACACGCCAGAGGAGCGAAGAGCGCUUGCCAAGAAAUCACAAGAUUUCUGUUGUGAGGGGUGUGGCUGUACCAUGAAGGAUGUCCUGUUGCCUUUAAAAUCUGGAAGUGAUUCAAGCCAAGCUGACCAAGAAGCCAAGGAACUGGCUAGACAAAUCAGUUUUAAGGCAGAAGUCAAUUCAUCUGGAAAGACUAUCGCUGAAUCGGACUUAAACCACUCUUUUUCACUAAAUGAUUUACAGGAUGAUAUACCCACAACAUUCCAGGGUGCUACAGCCAGUACCUCGUACGGAGCCCAGAACCCCUCGGCAGCAUCCCUUCAACAACCUGCUCAGCCUGUAACUAAGAAUACCUCCAUGAGCCCUCGACAACGCCGAGCCCAGCAGCAGAGUCAAAGACGGUCGUCUACUUCCCCAGAUGUGAUCCAGGGCCAGCAGCCAAGAGACAACCACACUGAUCAUGGCGGAUCCGCUGUCCUGAUUGUCAUCUUGACUUUGGCAUUGGCAGCUCUUAUAUUCCGACGAAUAUAUCUGGCCAACGAGUACAUAUUUGACUUUGAGUUAUAAUAGUGUUUUGUGUCUUAAGAGCUGUGACUCUCCUGCUUCAUUAAACAUUCUGAAUUGGGUAUAAUCUGA